AUGGCUUUACUGCCCUUUGCCAUGAACGACAACAUUGCAGCUGCCCUUGGCGCUGUUAUCGUCGCAGUAGUCCUCUCGACCCAGAUUCGCCGCGCAGGCGACCUUAUUAAGGACAUUCCUGGCCCACCAUCUCCCUCCUGGCUCUUUGGAAACUUACUAGAAAUCAUCCUCGAAGUACCCUAUGGUAUUCUAGAGUUCCAAUGGCAGAAGCAAUUCGGGCCUGUUUAUCGCACGAAGGGAUGCUUUGGGGAAAACAGACUUAUGAUAUCGGACCCUACUACUCUGAAGCACAUCCUUUCGAACCCUGGCAAAUACAUGAAGUCUCCGCAACAACAGCUCAUCAAUGAGACUGGCCUGGGGUCGGGCAGUCUAUUGUUUGUGGAAGGGGAAAUGCAUCGUCGCAUUCGUGGCGUGAUGAAUCCGGCCUUUUCGGCAGCUAGCAUCCGCGAGUUGAGUCCCACUUUGAGGAAAGCUGCCAGUGAGGUCUCAGAGAGAUGGGAAACACUUCUGGAUUCGCAAGAUUCGAACGGUGUUAUCGACAUCUACCAAAGUCUGCAUGACACAACGCUACAGGCGGUAGGCGAAGGCGUAGUAGGGUACAAUUUUCAAGCCGACAAAGACUUCGCGCAACGUUACCAGAGUCUUGUAUUAAUUGCAGCGGACCGCUCUAAAACGUCCAUAUUGACUGACGGAAUCCUUCCAUACAUUCCCAAACCGGUUCUCAAUGUUCUCAUGCGUUUUCCGCCGCCAGCACUGGUUAAGCUUCUGGAAUUCAAGAGUGCAAUUGGUGUUUUAGCAAACACGUUAGUGAAGGAAAAGGUCGACGCGCUUGAACUCGGGAUAGAGCCAGAGAAAGACUUGAUUAGUGUGCUAGUUGGCUCUAAUUCACAGGCAGAGAGUAAAAUGACAUUCGAUGAAAUACGAGACCAAUUCCCGACCAUCACUGUGGCUGGAGAGGAUACCACGGCUAAUACGGUUGCUUGGUGCCUGUACGAGCUUGCGAAGAACCCCGAAUAUCAGCAACAACUGCGCACGGAGGUGGAUCAAGUGGGAGGAGGCGAGAACACCGACUACGACCGUUUACCCAUGUUGAAUGCGUUGAUCAAAGAAGUGUUGCGAUUAUACAGCACUGUCCCGCAAACGGAACGAGUUUGCGUUAAAGACAGUGUCCUUCCGCUGGCCGAGCCAAUAACAACCAAAUCUGGGGAAAUUAUCAUGGAAAUUCCCAUCAAGAAAGGCCAGCACCUAGUUCUCGCCAUAUCAUCAUACCAUAGACUCAACUCGGUUUGGGGGGAUGAUGCGGCGGAGUUCAAGCCUUCACGAUGGCUCGGCGAGCAACCACCGGCGGCUGGAGCAUCUAUUGGGCCCUAUGCGAACUUACUAUCUUUCUUGGGUGGGAGCCGGACGUGUAUCGGGUGGCGCUUUUCGCUGGCGGAGAUGCAGAUUAUAAUCUCCGAGCUCGUCCGCAAGUUUUCCUUUGCACUUACCGACGAGGGGGAGGUAACGCCAACAUUUGCCAUAACCUUGGUGCCCAUGGCCGUCGAUGGGUCCGGCGCAAAGCUUCCUUUGCGUGUAGCCCGCUUGCAAUAA